UCCUGCGCUCCGCUUCUCAUCCCGGGCAUCUCGGUCGGAGAAGCUGCUGGGCAAAAGCGGAGCCACGCCGGAGUGAAGCCGUUUUCGCAGCCGGCCGGGCCAGCGAGCGAGCGAAUCCCAGGUCGGAGAUCCGUGCCCCGUGGGCUGUGGGUGAACCCACGCGUGUUCCUCCUCCUUCUGCAAAUCCCUGCCUUUUCAUUUAGACUCGAUCCGGUGGCUUUUUUUGGGGCAGACCAUAAUAUUUAGGACGAUGACGUCUGCCUUGAUCAGAAACGGAAACAUGGUCUCUGUCCCGGAAAUCCUGAUCGGCACUGCUGUUUUCUGCCUGCUGCUGCUUCUCCUCAAAAUCCGGCAACGGAUCCCAGCGGGGUUAAGGAAGCUCCGAGGGCCGAGAGGGUAUCCCUUUAUCGGAAACAUCUUUGACCUCGGGAAAAACCCUCACCUGGCUUUGACCCGGCUGAGCCAGAAGUAUGGAGACGUCAUGCUCAUUCAUCUUGGCUCAAGGCCGGUGGUGGUGUUGAGUGGGUUGGAAACCAUCAAGCAAGCUCUAGUGAAGCAAGGGAGCGAUUUUGCGGGACGUCCCGAUCUCUACAGCUUCAAGUUCAUCGGUGAUGGCCAGACCUUCACCUUCGGUAGGAAUUCCGAGGAAAGUUGGCGCGUUCGCCGAAAGCUGGCUCAGAACGCUCUCAAGACCUUUGGGGGCUCAACCAGCCCAAACUCCUCGACUUGCCUGCUGGAGGAACACGUCUCCAAGGAAGCAGAGUACCUGGUCAUGAAAUUCCAGGAUCUGAUGAAAGAGAAGGAGAGUUUUGAGCCCUUCCAGUACGUGGUCAUCUCCGUCGUCAAUGUCAUCUGUGCCAUGUGUUUCGGGAAGCGUUACGACCACGAGGAUCAAGAACUUCUGAAGAUAGUGGACAUCAACAAUGAUUUCGGGCUGGUGGCCGCCUCUGGAAAUCCGGCGGAUUUCUUCCCAAUCCUCCGAUAUCUUCCCAACCGCAGCAUGGAAGUCUUCAAAGAUCUCAACCGGAGAUUCAACGUGCUGAUGCGGAAGCUGGUGGAAGAACAUUACCAGGGCUUUGACAAGAAUAACAUCCGAGAUAUCACGGACUCCCUCAUCAGCUUCUGCCAGGAUAAAAAAACGAACUUAAAUGCCAACGAUGCUCUAAAGGACCAGAACAUUGUUGGUAUCGUCAACGAACUCUUUGGAGCUGGAUUUGAUACCGUCACGACUGCUCUGUCCUGGUGCCUUCUCUAUCUGGUGACUUACCCAGAAAUCCAGAGGAGAAUUCAAGAAGAACUAGACCAAAUCAUUGGAAGGGAAAGGACCCCCAAGCAAUCGGACCGUGCCAUGCUCCCUUACUCUGAAGCUUUUAUGUACGAGAUGUUCAGGCAUUCGUCCUUCAUUCCCUUCACAAUCCCACAUUGCACCACCAGGGACACAGCUCUGAAUGGCUUCUAUAUUCCUAACGAUACCUGCGUGUUUGUGAACCAAUGGCAGGUCAACCAUGAUCCGAAACUUUGGAACGAGCCUUCUGUUUUCAACCCGGAACGAUUUCUUACGACCGACGGGACAGGAAUAAACCGAGCGGAAUGUGAAAAAGUGAUGACUUUCAGCUUGGGGCGAAGGCAAUGCAUUGGGCAGAGCAUUGCAAAACAGGAGGUGUUCCUGUUUCUGACCACUUUGGUGCAAAAACUGGAAUUCACUCUGUCUGACACAGAGAUGAUGGAUGCAACCCCGCAGUAUGGCCUGACCAUGAAGUACAAGAAAUGCGAACACUUCCGGGUCAAACCCCGUUUCUAGCAUGGGAAAUCCGGAAAGAACAGAAGCUGACCCUUUGUCCAGGAAGGGGGACGAGGGGUUACUUAUUCUGAUUUGUUGUUUGGUUUUGGAGUGGCUCAGCCACCUACAAUGAUGUUACUAGCUUGCUGCAAUAUAUAUAUAUAUAUUUACAGUAUAUGGGGAAUUUAUAUCUCGGGGAUAAUCUCAUAAGGUCUUUAAUUAACACAGAAUACCCUUUGAAUUGUCUCGGGACGUAAAUCGAUCUAAACAGGCGCUGAAUUUGAACCUUGAAUAAUCCCAUGUAUUUUUUAUUUUUUUAAAAAAUUUGAUUUAUAUGCCGCCCUUCUCCGGAGACUCAGGGCGGCUUACAAUGUGCUCAGCAAUAGCCUUCAUCCUUUUGUAUAUUUAUACAAAGUCAGCUUAUUGCCCCCACAAACUGGGUCCUCAUUUCACCUACCUUUGAAAGGAUGGAAGGCUGAGUCAACCUUGAGCCUUGGCGAGAUUCGAACCUGCAGUAAUUGCAGGCAGCUGGUCUUAAUAACCAGCUUAAUAACAGGGUGCCUUAGACCACUGUACUACCAAGGCUCUUAUUUGUGAUGGACAGUUCACACUGAAUGGAAGUGUCUUUCCAAUGUGGAGUUAUUUCAUGACAAAAAUCACAGGUAUAAAACUAUAGCAGGUAGAGCUGAGAAGCGCAAUGAUGAAUUGUUACAAUUGGGAGGGCUGGCCGAAAAGCCACCCCGAGGCAUUUCUAAAAUCCCCGCACUGAUAUUGGAACGCAGACAGGAUUUCCAUGUAUAUUAUACAGCAACGUCUUUGCAUGCCAAAGGUUGAUUCCUUCAGACUCGUCAUCCAUGUGCAAGGCAAAUAUUAUCAACAUAUCUAGGUACACCUAAAUAAGUGGCCAUCCAUAUGCGCAAAUCCCAGUUCCUUUCUAAGAUGCUCAGCCAUACAAAAUAAAUAAAAUUCUUUUUUUGUGUGUGUGAAAGGGAUAGCAUCUGGAACUUUGCAAAUAACAGGGGUAGAAGCAGGAUCUAAAUCUUUGCAAGGGGACAGAGAUGCAACCUGGGUCUAGAUAUUUGCAAGGGAAUGGGGUGGAGUGAAACUAGAACUUUGCAAGACAUGGAUGGGAUCUGAAUCUAGAUCUUGGCAAGACAACAGGACCUGGAUCUAGAUCUUGGCAUAGGGAUGGUCUGGUCUAGAUCUCUGCAAGAUGACAGGGAUGGGAUCUAAAUCGUUGCAAGAUUACCGGGAAGGCAUCGAUCUGGAAAGUAGGCAUGAUGGGGCUACCUAAAGCCUAUCAUAACUUGUCUUCACUGGCCACUUGGGUUAUGACUUUGAACUAGCCGCUAUCUCUUAUCUUAAUCUACCUCGCAGGCUUUCUUGUAGAAGAAAUUGCGGAAAAUAGUACGUAUGUAUACUCCUUGACAUUCUUAAGAGGAAAACUGCAAUUAAAAUGAGCUAAGCAUAGGCAUCUUAAGCGUGAUAACUAGGGAAUUAUGCUUGAUAAAGGUGCUUUGAAUGAUUAAAUGCACUUUAUGUCUCAAAUUAUCUGCCUAAGAGCCACUGAUUCUGCAGAAGUAUGUACGUGUCGAAUUCUAGCGUAGAGAUUAAAAUGUGGAUGGGCCAGAAGGUCUCUAUUAAGUAUUGUAUAAUAUAUAUUGUAAAAAUAAAAAUAAAAAUGGAUUUCUACGA